UGGCUUUUCGUCCGUUAUUCUGUUUUUAUUCUUCUCUCCCUUUUGGAAAACGCCUCUUCUCCCUUCUUUUCCCUCAACUUUCUCCUGCACCAAAAGCUUCCAACUUCAUUUCAAUUUUCAAUUUCCAUUGAUUUUUUUUCUUUCAUGGUUUUGGAAGGAGAACGAUAGAACAAGAAGAAGUAGAGGAAGAAUAAAAUAGUAAUAAUUUUAAUGGCUUACAAGGUGGAUCAUGAGUACGAUUACCUUUUCAAGAUUGUAUUGAUUGGAGAUUCAGGUGUUGGUAAGUCCAACAUUCUUUCCAGGUUUACUCGUAAUGAGUUCUGCUUGGAAUCCAAGUCUACUAUUGGCGUGGAGUUUGCUACCAGGACUCUUCAGGUAGAAGGGAAGACGGUCAAAGCACAGAUAUGGGACACAGCUGGUCAAGAAAGGUACAGAGCCAUCACCAGUGCAUACUACAGAGGUGCAGUUGGUGCCCUCUUGGUUUAUGACAUAACAAAGAGGCAAACUUUUGACAAUGUCCAGAGGUGGCUUCGCGAACUAAGAGACCAUGCAGAUUCCAACAUUGUGAUCAUGAUGGCUGGAAACAAGUCUGAUCUGAACCACCUGAGAGCAGUCUCCUCAGAUGAUGCUCAAUUGUUGGCUGAGAAGGAAUGCCUUUCAUUUCUUGAGACUUCAGCAUUGGAAGCUUUAAAUGUUGAAAAGGCAUUCCAGACCAUUCUGCUUGAUAUCUACCACAUUAUUAGCAAGAAAGCUCUUGCAGCACAGGAAGCAGCUAAUUCAACUGGACCUCCUCAGGGAACCACAAUUAAUGUUGCAAAUCUUUCUGCUAAUACAAACAAGAGACCUUGUUGUUCUAAUUAGCAAGAUCCUGAAGUCAAGCAUUCCAGGAAAUUUUUUCAAUUUUGGCCAUUUGACAGAAAAGGGAAGAUACCCUUUUCACCUUCUGUCAUAUACUCUUCAGAGAGGCCAUGUGGGAAGGAGGAAGGUUUAUAGUUGCUUAGAAAUCAAUUCAGCAAAUGAUCAAAAGGACAUCCUGUGUUAGUGGAGGAGUAUAGCUGGAAAAGUGCUGUUCCUCUAGAGUAGGUAAUUAAAGAAGGUUCUCUCAAAUUUGUGACAGAUCUUAUAACUGAUUAAUUCUUUGAAUUUUAGGAAUUAUGGUAAUUAAGAAUGCAUUGUUCUCUCAAUGAUCAGCAUUGCAUAGUUGAACAAUUUUAUACCCUUUUCAUAAUUGCUGUAGGCAAAUUUAUAUGAAUUACCGAAAGGUAAC